AUGCUUCAGAGAGUGAGAGAGCAGCCUUAUGUGACGUUUGUUGGCGUUCCAGGAUCCGGUAAAUCCGCCACAGCUCAGCACAUCGCUCUGAUACUGCAAAGGGAAGGAUACGAAGUAAUACCUGUAUUGGACUUUAGAGAUCUUACUCAGUAUCGUGAUCCAAAUAAUCCUCAGGUUUUUGUUAUCAAUGAUGUCGUAGGUGUAUUAGGUGUUAACAAAGCAAAGUUAGAAUCAUUUCUAGAGUAUGAGCAAAAAAUUACAAAACCGUUCUUUGAGAAAACAAAAGUUCUGCUUUCAUGUAGAGAAACGCUUUUUAAUCAAUGUCACAAAUCAUUUUUCACCAAAGAACAAUAUGUCAUUAAGCUUCACAGCUCAGAAAAUGCCUUGGGUGAGGAUGACCAAAGAAAUAUUCUUGGGAAUCAUGGGUUAGACAGAUAUUUAUUGUCUUCUGCAAUGCUGAAAGAAACUUCUCGAAUGUUUCCUCUCUUGUGCAGGCUUUACUCAAAAGAAAAGAAAUUUAAAGCCAAUGGUGAACAGUUUUUUAUACGUCCUAUCAAAUGCAUUGUGGGGGAAUUCGAUCAAAUGCAACACAUAAAUAAUUUACUUUAUGCAGUACUCGUGAUAUGUACACUAAAUAACAACACAGUAUCUGCAGACAUUCUAAAGGACGAGCAAAAUAUAUAUUUUCAGAAAAUGAAACAAGCAGUUUUAGAAAGGUGUGAGGUAAAAAGUUAUACAGAUUCAUUUGAAUUUGUAAACGCAUUGUCAGCAAUGGAGGGAACAUACACAAAGCGUCGUGGUACAGAAUUCACGUUUGUUCAUGAUUCCAUGUUUGAAAUAACUGCAUAUCAUUUUGGUAGACAAUUUCCGGAAAUUAUUUUGCAAUACAUGAGAAGUAGUUAUAUAGCAAAUAACGUGAAACUUCAGAGAUACAGAGAAAAACCAAUUAAAAAUUGUCAAUUUAUAGAAAAAAACAAAAGUGUGAGUAAUACAUGCACCGGCCAAAGAACACAUAAUUUUCGUGCAAUUAGUAACUGCUAUGAAAAUGCUGAUAUCGGCGAACCUAUCGAAGAGAGCGCUGAAGAUGAUGAUGUUUUAAAUCUGUGUAUUCGGAUGCCUCCUCGUAACUAUCAAAUGCUUGCUGAGAGAUUGUACAGCGAUAUAAAGGAUAUGGAAUUGUAUGAAGUCUUUAUGAAUGAUGCCUUAAAAGACCAAAAUUUGUGUGAAAUAUUUUGUGACCUCUUGGAGAAAAAGUCUUACACAGAAUUAAAAUCUGUCUUUCUAUUUACAAAAUCGAAUGUAUCAAAAUUUGAUACUAGGGGAAAAUGUUCCACCGCGAAGGAAGGGACCAAUAAAGAUAAAAAGUACAGUAUUGAAAAAAGUAUAGAAGAACUACUUGUGAAUAAGCAGGAUAAGGAAUAUAUACUAACAUGCUCUGUUCGAGUGAUCAGCUGGGUGAUUUUCUAUGGACAUCAUAAAAUUUUGAAGUACAUCGUAAACCAAACUGAACUACACAGGGAAACAUCUCCUGCACUAUUCGGAUAUUUUAAUGAAGGUCAUGGAAGUUUUAGUCAGACAAAAAGUCGAGUUUUACCGGUACGUUACAAUAAAAAUCCUUUAACUAAUGUUUCGGGUUCUGUAAAAGAUUCUGAAAACUCAGCCAAAGAACAAACUCGCUUACUCGUACUAGGUUGUUCUGGUGGAGAUAUUGAGACUGUCAGAAUCUUACUUAAACAUGUUGACAAACGUUCCUCAAUCAACAAUACGCCUCACCUCGAACAUGAGAGUAAAGUUUUAUGUGGGCAGGUUACACCACUAACAGCAGCAUGUUUAUUUGGUCAUGAGUCUGUAGUACAAGAGUUGCUAGGGGUAGGGGCUGAUGUUAAUACAGCAGGUCCUUUUCAUACGCCCCUAACAGCAGCAUGUGUUAGAGGACAUUUGAGUGUGGUGAAAGAGUUGUGCAAAUUUGGAGCAAAUGUCAAUUUAGAAAGUAAAUACCAAACUCCACUUACAGCUGCUUGCAUAGGUGGACAUAUUGGUAUUUUUAAAGAGUUGGUUAAUUUCGGAGCCAAUAUUAAUCCUAGGCGGUUUAUUUCUACAAAUUCAAGUGCAAAAGAAUUGUUGUGUACUAAUAAUAAAAAAAUAGCAAACCCACAGACAAUGGAACGGAAUAUGGAUAAAACGCUGUCUGAUAAGAGGGAUAAACAUGCUGAUGUGUGUAGCGCAUUAGCAAACGCAAAGGCAUGUAUAAGUUUUGCACUCAAUUGCAAAUGGAAUCCUUUGUAUAAAAGCAUAGGGAAAAUAGAUAAAUACAAACCACCUUUGGUACUUGCUUGUGAGAGAGGAAAAUUAGAAAUCGUCAGAUACCUUUUGAAUGCAAAGUCAGAUGUGAAUCCAAACACAUUAUACAAUAUAUCAUUAAUAGCUGCAUGUGCGAAAGGGCAUCUAAGUGUUGUUAAAGAAUUACUCAAAAAGAAGGCUGAUGUAAAUUGUUAUGGUAAACAUAGGGGUCUAUCUACUAACUUUCGAGGACAUGUUGAAAAGCCUCUGAAUGAAAAAGCUGAAGUCAUCCAAACAUAUGCUCGAGAAACGCCACUUACAGCUGCAUGUAGAAAUCAGAGAAAAUUUGUUGUAAAAAAGCUGCUUGAAGCUAGGGCUAACGCAAAUUUACAGAAUCAGGAAGCGGAGACGCCACUGUAUUUUGCAGUAAAUGACAAUUUAAAAUCAAUACAUAAUGGUAUUUUAAAAAUGCUUCUUGAAAACGGUGCUGAUUGUACACUCUGUGAGAAAAAUGACAUUCGACAUGCCGAUGUAAUCACUGAUUGUAAAGAUGAUGUUGUGUUCACAAGGAAACCAGUCUGGGAUGUUAAAUUAGUAAUCCUGGAACAAGUAGGGGCAGAUACCAACUUGAGGCUGAAGUACGAAGAAUAUAACUCUUUGGUGGACAGAGUUGGUGUGUCCACUUUAGAAAGAACAAAACGAUUGUUUCAUGAAAUGAAAUUGAGACGGGGCGUAUGCUAUUACCAAAAUGUGAUGAAAGAAAUAAAGAAAAAUCUAAGAAGAUAUUCUAUCUAA